AUGAUGACGGCUGCCAACAAGAAGCCAACAGCUGCUGCUGUGGCGGCAGUGGCUUGUGUGUCGAGCUUGUGCUUGUGUGUUUGUGUCCCCGUUUGGAUCCACAGCACAACGCCAGAGCGACAACCACUGCCGCCUGACAUCUCCAGUAGAAGUGUCGGCACAGGCGUCCACAUUGAACAGACCGUCGACGCAAUCCUGAAGGCCCUCGCUCACCACACCAACGCAACCACCACCAACACCAACACCGACACCAACACGAACUCUGACACGACCGAUGCUGCUGAUGCUGACCCGAAACAGUUGUCCUCCUGCUCGAGCAAGUACACGCAGACGCUGCCACUUUGUGUCCAACCGCGACUGCUCGUGACUAUCUUGAACGCGCGCCCGCAGGCAACGUUCGUGGCCUGGGACAACACGACGCACUUGCGUGCACGGCUGCGGGACGCCGAUCCGUCACUGCGCGCCAUCCUGGGGGAUGCUGCGGCCGUUGAAUUUCACACACAAGCCGCGCAAGCCCUGCCAGUACUCUCCCAACGACAGCAGCAGCACAGCAGCCAUGUACGACGGGAGGUCCUGGCGCACGUGUUUCAAACCGUGGGCAGUGUGCAGACAACGUGCACCGUCAACUUGGCAGUGUACGUACCAGCUUGCCCGGGAUCCAAGCAGCGGCAAGGCGCCCCGCAGGAACAGCAGCACCAACAACACACGUCCAGGUCAUACUGGCAGCCUGGCUGGGGCGGCGUUGUGCUGCUACCACAGACGCCUUGCGAAGACCACAGCGCCAGUGAUAAGGAAACCGCCGAUGCAAUGCCCAGCAGCAGCAACGACAGCGCUGGAAAACGGUCGCGGAGAUCAACGCUGUCUGCACAGCACGCUCUGCCGCACUUUGUACAUUUCUUGAGGAACAUCAUGGGCGUGUGCCCGCGUGUUCAUGUUGAUGACAAGGCAGCCCUGCUGCCGCGCGAGAUGGGUGCGGCGCGCGGCGUGCUGCUGGAGCGGCUGGUGACCGCAGCGCGCGAUUUGCUGCUGAGCUUCUCUGCCCUGUUGGACAGCCUGCCCACACUCGUUGUGGACAAGCGGCUUGCUGCCGUGGCGCAGCAGGCGUGCGAUGAACUACACGCCACCCAACUGGCAGCGGAAAGCGGAGACUGGGCUGCUGCUCUCGCACACGCCCGCCAGGCGCACCACCACGCAGAGGCAUCUGCGUACGACCCUGGGCUGCUGGCGUCCUCUUUGUUUCCCGAGGACCAGAAGUAUGCGGUGUAUGUGCCGCUGUUUGUUCCAACAGGGCUGGCCAUUCUCUCAUCAUGGCGUCGCCUCGCCUCUGCAUAUCGCACCGUCCGCCGCCGCUAGCAUGACGGUGCACUGUACAUCGUGACUGGUAGCAGGGACAUGAAAGUGGAGUGAAAGCUACUGUA